AUGGAGGGAUUAUACUGUGGAAUUUCUCUAUCCUCUCUCUCUCUCUCUCUCUCUCUCACUAUGAAGGGAUUAUACCAUGGAUUUCUCUAUCCUCUCUCUCUCUCUCACUAUGGAGGGAUUAUACUGUGGAAUUUCUCUAUCCUCUCUCUCUCUCUCCUAUGGAGGGAUUAUACUGGGAAUUUCUCUAUCCUCUCUCUCUCACUAUGGAGGGAUUAUACUGAGGGAUUACUGCUGGAAUUUCUCUAUCCUCUCUCUCUCUCUCUCUCUCUGGGAUUAUACUGUGAAUUCCUCAAUCCUCUCUCUCUCUCUCUCUCUCUCUCUCUAUCACUAAAAUUAUACUGUGGAAUUUUCUCUAUCCUCUCUCUCUCUCUCUCUCUCUCUCUCUCUCUCUCUAUCACUAUGGAGGGAUUAUACUGUGGAAUUCUAUCCUCUCUCUCUCUCUCCUAUGGAGGGAUUAUACUGGAUUAUACUGUGAAUUUCUCUAUCCUCUCUCUCUCUCUCACUAUGGAAUUAUACUGUGGAAUUUCCUAUCCUCUCUCUCUCAUCACUCUCUCUCUAUAUACUGGAGGAAUUUUCUCCUAUCCUCUCUCUCUCUCUCUCUCUCUCUCUCUAUCACUAAGGAGGGAUUAUACUGUGGAAAAUCCUCUCUCUCUCUCACUAUGGAGGGAUUAUACUGUGGAAUUUCUCUAUCCUCUCUCUCUCUCUCACUAUGGAGGAUUAUACUGUGGAAUUUCUCAAUCCUCUCUCUCUCUCUCUCUCUCUCUCUCUCUCUCUCUCUCUAACUCAAUUAUACUGUGGAAAUCCUCUCUCUCUCUCUCUCACUAUGGAGGAUUAUACUGUGGAAUUUCUCUCCUCUCUCUCUCACUAUGGAGGGAUUAUACUGUGAAUCUCUCAAUCCUCUCUCUCUCUCUCUCUCUCUCUCUCUCUAUCACUAAGGAUGGAUUAUACUGUGUAAUUUCUCUAUCCUCUCUCUCUCUCUCUCACUAUGGAGGGAUUAUACUGUGGAAUUUCUCUAUCCUCUCUCUCUCUCUCUCUCUAUCACUAAGGAGGGAUUAUACUGUGGAAUUUCAUCCUCUCUCUCUCUCUCUCUCUCUCUAUCACUAA